AUGGCCGACUCUUCGGGAGACGAGGCUGAUUCUCGGACAGCCUCGUUUGGCCUCCAGCGCCCUCGAUCAAACAACUCAUCUGCCCACAACUCCAACGAUGGCGAUUCCCGACCCACGAAGAAACAACGACGGGGCCGAUCCCGCUCAGGCCACGACGUGAACGAUUUUGUCCCCCGCGGCGCUGCUUUCAGCGCACACUCCUUGGAGGUUGAUCCUGAUGAUACAUCAAGCUCGGGAUCUAGCUCGGAGUCUGGCGACAACUCUGAUGAAUCAGAUGCGCCCAACAAACAGGUUUCUGCCAACCCUCACGCGGGAAGCACUGCGCCUGCAAUCAGCUGGAACCAGGGAAAGAAAGCGGCCGUUCGCACGUCGCUUGGCAAGAGGAAGGCUCAAUCGGUCAACGGGACUGCGCCAACCGACAAUGCCAACCAGUUCAACGCCGUGAAUGGUACAUACUGGCGCACCCGCAGUGCCUCUGCCUCAUCUGGAGCGAGCGACCCUCCGGCCAACACGGCGGAAGAGGACAAGGCCGAGCAAAGCAGUGACCUAGAAGAGGGCGAAGUGGACUCCAGGAGUGAAUCCGACGGCUCGGUGUCUUCAAAUUCCGAGGCUGAUGACUCUAUCAUGUUGAACCUUGGCGCGAAGAACGCAAAUGACUCCACUCCAGCAGAGGCUCUGCUUGCAGAUAAUUCACGCAUGAAUGGGGAUGCAAAUGGCCAGACCAAUGGAAUUGCAAAGGGAUCGCUUGUCAAAUCUGAUUCUGGUCCCGCCGUGUCCAAGGAAGAUGCGUUCCAGCGCUUCUCUUGCAAAUAUCCCACUGCACCCACUGCCUUGGUGGACUUGAACCAGGAAGACUUUGAGACGCAGGCGAGAUAUGUGCACUGGGCUCUUGAUAUCAAUGACAUUGAUCUUCAACUUCCCGUUGUCUGCAUUGAGUGUCAAGGCCUAGGGCACCUGGCUGAGGUGUGUCCGACAAAAGAGUGCGUGCACUGUGGUGCGUGGAAUACACACCCUAGUUCCUCCUGCCCCUCAUGGCAAAGAUGUCCUCGAUGCCGGGAAAGAGGCCACAGUGAAGCUCAGUGCUCGUCUCCCUUGAAAGGCUCUACUGCCGAAGUCCCCUGUGACUUGUGCGGUUCGUCAAACCAUGUCGAGUCUGAUUGUAGUGCCUUGUGGAAGCCCAUGGCGCAAGAGCCCACCGCGACGGGCGUGAUAGUGUCUCUCUCAUGCGCUCGUUGCAUCAGCGCAAGCCAUUUGAUCGGCGACUGUCCGUCUCUCCACAAGCCUCUUCCUAACUCAUCUUUCACCCUCAGUGGUAUUGACCCCAAUACCAUCACGAACCUCAACACGGGGCCCAACUCAAGAAAGCCUAUAUCCGCGAAGCCUCCUCCGCCCAGCAGCGGACCACGCAGCAAAAACCGCCGAGGACCCAAGAUUCGUGAUCCAUCUUCAGAGAGCGAUGAUGGCGGUUUCCCGCCUCGUGGUGGCCGACGUCCUCCACCUCCACCUCCAUCGCGCGGCAGAGGUCGUGGUGCUAUACAGUUUGGCAGCAACACAUUUGUCCCUAAGCAGUCUCGGGGAAAGCCCCCACCGCGGCCUUUCAAUGGAAACCGUGGUCCCCCGCCUCUAAGAGGAGGCGGUGGUGGUAGGGGCCGUGGGCGGGGUGGUGGAUUUAAGCCCCGUAGAGGCAAAUAG